AUGCCCGAUGGCUUAGAAGGCCGAUAUAUUAGACUUAAAGUUUUCGGCGUAAAAAGUCUUCAAGUCCCUUCCGAGCCCAUUCCCGCAGGCAUCUACGUAUCCAUCAAUGUUGACUCGACAAGAGUCCGAUCAUCCGACGAAUCUGUAGCGUGGGGAAAUCCUCUGACCUCAAGUCCAUGGAGAUUCUCAUCACUAGAUGCUUCACUUGCAUUAUCGCAGUGGGCGUCAAAACAUCCUUCAAGCUUGAUCGAAUGCUGGGCAAUGGAACUCAUCGGAAAACUUGACACUUUGUGGGAUGACCUGCUCGAUCACGGAGAUGAGCCUUUCGGGCGAGUCCUGCUUCUCAUCAUGCACAUCUACUAA